AUGCAGCGAACUUUUGCAAGGCAGCUACUCCUUGCUGCUCAAAGGCAACGCCCAGUACUCUCCACAUCUAGAGCACCUCGUCGCAUCGACUCCAAAACGUCGAAAAUCGAGUUUUCAUCAACGAGUUACUAUAGAGCCAGCAUCAGCCCCACGAUCUCUCUAGAUCCGCAAACAGAACUAGCUAAAGAAUGGUUUGAAAAGGGCGCUCGAGCAUGGCAAGAAGGCGACUUGGAAAAUGCUCUUGACUGCUACGAGAAGAGCGCAUGGUCUAAACCCACUGCUGAUGCCUACUUCAACGCAGGCAACGUUCUGCACUCCAUGGGCCAACACGACAAAGCAAUCGACGCAUGGAAACGGUCCUUGAACUUGGAUGACAAGAGGCCGGACGCUCAUGUAAACAUUGGAAACUGUUAUGCUUUAAUCCUGAAAGACUUGAAGCAGGCUAUAAAUCACUUGGAGAAGGCGGUAGCACUUGAUCCAACAGAUGGCGAGAUUAGAUUUAAUCUGGGUGCUAUAUUGGAUGCUACUGGGGAUACGGAACGGGCGAUAGAAGAGUAUGGUGCUGCUGAAAAAUAUGGAGUAGAGAGAGCUAAAGUCAAUUUAAAAAACGCCAAGAUUAAGCUGUUGGCAAAGAAGGCUAAAUCUGAUGGUACUGAGUCCAAAUAG